AUGGAGCGGGGCACUUGCGACCAUCGAAAGGUGGCAUUGUCAGUGGCGAUCUGCAAGAAGGAGUGCCGAUGGGAGUCUGCCUUGCGGCUUUUGGAGGAUGCGCGGCCUUGGCCGAAUGCGCGAAUCGCCGCUGUGAACGAUGCGCUCAACGCUUGUGAGAGGUCUACAGCUUGGAUCCAGGCCCUGAGCACGGUCAGCGCCAUAUCAUCGGAUGCGACGCGCCCCAGUGUCGUGACGUGGACAUGCUGCAUGUCCGGUUGCGGCAGGAAGAGGUCCUGGCUGGGUGCGCUCGAACUGCUGCGUGGAGUUCGGACUGGUGCCGUGGAGAUUAGCGUCGUCACGUGCAACAUCGUAACAACAGCCUUUGAGAGAGGGCGUCAGUGGCAGCUGGCCGUCGCGUCGACUGCAUCUAUGUGUGAGCAGGGUUUCCUUGAAGACUCUGUCUCUCGCAACGCAGCUCUUGGCGCUUGCAACUGCCUGAGCCUCUGGGCCAAAGCGCUUGCACUCCUUGCUGGCGCAGGCCGAAAAUCAAUCCGCUUGACCGAGAUCUCCUACAACACGGCCGAAGAUGUGGCGGGCGCUGCCUUGAGGUGGCAGUCGUCGCUUCAGAUCUUGCAGGAGUUGUUCUCCUCAACCCUUCGCGCCAGCCCGAUCUCCUUCAACACGGCGAUCACGGGCUGCUCUAAGGCUUUGAUGUGGCAGACAGGGCUAUCGGUGCUUGGGGAGCUUGCGUUGAAAAGAUUGCCAAUGACAGUGGUCAGCCUGACGGCAGCGAUCGCUUGCUGUGCAGCUGCUGGACGUUGGGCUCAAGCUGCUCAGCUAUUGACUGAAGGGCGCUCAAUGGCAGUGGAGCCCACUGCGAUGACCCAUAAUGCCCUGUUGUCCGCCUACGGCAACGGAUUGUGUUGGCAGAGGGCUGUCGAUGUGCUGGAGGACAUGGUGGAAGACAAGAUUGAGCUCGAUCAAGUCUCUUACAACAUAGUCUUGGAUGCAUGCGGAUCGGCCGGCAUGUGGCAGCUUGCCUGGCAGAUCUUGCGUGUUAUGUGGCAGAGGAAAGUCUCCGCAAAUGCCAUCAGCUUCAAUUCGGUGAUGUCCGCAUCUGCAAAAGAGGAUCUGUGGGAGCAGGGCUUGCAUCUGCUGGGCGACAUGGCCAGCAGCGGCCUGCGCCUUGACGCCGUGACAUGCAGUGCGGCUCUGAACACCUCGGGUGGCCCUUGGGAGCGAGUGUGGACCCUGCUGGCCCGGGCAAGAAGGGAGGUGGAGCUGGAUGCGAUCGCCUUGAACGCCGCCGUGGGCGCGCUGAGCAGUGCUGAGCAAUGGCAAGACGCCCUGUUUCUGCACCAGGAAGCUCCUGAGCUGAAUAGGCAGCUUCCCAGCGCUGCGGUUGCGAAGGGUCCGUGGCUUCGUGCCUUAGCAGUGGCCGCCGGGAUGAAUGCAUGUCGCAUGCAGACGGAUCUUCGUGGCACCGGUGCUUUAGUCUCAUCCACAGAGAAAGGAUGGCGGUGGCAGCCGGCAUUGCAACUUCUGCAAGCUGCGCAUCUGCAGAAUAUGCAGCCCAGCACCAUCGUUCUGAGCCCAGUGGCCAGCGCCUGUGAAAAGUCUGCCCAGUGGCAGAGAGCCCUGGGCCUCGUGGUGACAAGGCGACGCUACGACACCGGCACAAGCAAGGCAGACUCGGAGGUGUACUUGUUCAACGCAGCCAUCAGCGCUUGUGAGAAGUCGGAGGUGGAGUGGGUAUCCGCCCUUCAGCUUCUUGCAUUGGCUUCCUGUGAACAUGUUCAGUCUGAUGUGGUGACCUUCAGCGCUACUCUCAGUGCUUGUGAAAAGCCCGGGGAAUGGCGACAUGCCCUGGACCUUCUGGGCACAGCCGAGGCCCUCAAGGUGGCAACGAACCUGAUCUCCCUGAACGCGGCAGUCAGUGCCUGCCACAAAGGCGAAGCAGUGGACUGA